UUUUUACCCCCCAUUGCAAUAUUUAGUCAUUUAAUUUACGACUCCGUCCACUGGAGGCGCUGUUAAUACAUUUUUUUGUAGUGUUGCUCGGUUACGGAGCAGGUUUUGCACUGAUUUUUACCCCCUGUUCGCUUUCAGUACACUUUCGCAACUUGUUGCUUAUUGACAAUUAAGAGUUUCCGUGUAAGCUGUUUCAACCAAGAUCUCAGACUCCAAAUAUAUGCCACAAAUUUAAAAACAAAGGUCAUUUCUUGCGUCGUGAGUGCAAACACCUGGCAACCACAACCUUCGACGCAAUCAUAGCUGCAGCCAUAGCAGCCAGAUUCAACUGGGUAAACAAGGCGGACCGCUAGCGAGCUAACAGUUAGCAAAACACCACGUCUGCAAAAACGGAUUGAAAUUAUACCGCAUUGCUAAUGAUCUAUCAAACUCUCUCUUUGAUUAUAUAAUAUGCUUAUGUAAUAAUGUUCAUCUGUCGUAAACAGCGGCUAACUCGUUAACCAGUCAGGCUUUAGUGAGGCUGCUUUGAUUGGCAUUGGGAGCGAGGUUAAAAUUAGUUCAAAUGACAAGCUAUCGUUUUGUUUCACUGUUGUUGAAAAUUGUUUGUUCGGUCUGUUUUCAAACUCUGAGUCCAUUUUAAUAGGUGUUUAUUUGUAUUACACGUUAAGUCAGCUUCCAUUUGGCUAACCAGUUUCUCGAGAGAUGAGGUGUUACCGAGCCGAUGAAAUUCCACUUUAUGUAGCGUUUUAAGAAGUGACAGUUCGAUAAUGCGACGAUUGAUGGUAAAUGGCAAUCUCUAGAUUAGCUCUCAUUUCCCUCUAGUUGUACCAAACAAAAUGCCUGCACUUAAAUCUUUACAAGUUGUUCAGGCAAGCAGAUAGAAGCUUGCUAGCAGAUAACGGUUUUAUAAGAAAACGGAAAAACUGCCAGUCAACGUACUAAUAGGCCAAAGCGGCUGUCAUGAGAUAAUUCUCGGCUCAAACGUUGGAUGAGAUGUUCAACCUGAUGGCGAACUGCUGUAACUGGUUGAAAAGAUGGAGAGAGCCUGCGAGGAAAGUGACUCUUGUAAUGGUUGGAUUGGACAAUGCAGGAAAAACAGCCACUGUCAGAGGUAUCCAGGGAGAAAGUCCUUCAGAUGUAGCACCUACUGUGGGCUUCUCAAAGGUGGACCUGAAGCAGGGGAAGUUUGAGGUCACAAUCUUCGAUCUAGGUGGUGGGAAGCGUAUUCGUGGCAUCUGGAAAAACUACUACUCAGAAUCUUAUGGAGUGGUGUUUGUUGUAGACUCCAGCGAUGUCCAGAGGAUCCAGGAGACCAGAGACACAAUGGCUGAGGUCCUCCGCCAUCCCCGUAUUGCAGGCAAACCUGUAUUAGUACUGGCUAAUAAACAGGAUCAAGAUGGGGCAUUGGCUGAGGCAGAUAUCAUCGAAAGCCUGUCAUUGGAGAAGCUUGUCAAUGAGAAUAAAUGCAUCUGUCAGAUUGAGCCCUGCUCUGCAUUGCUGGGUUAUGGAAAGAAGGUGGACAAAUCCAUCAAGAAUGGCCUUAAUUGGCUCCUGAGCAAUAUUGCAAAGGACUACGAGGCAAUUUCGGAGCGUGUGCAGAGAGAUACAGCAGAACAGAAAGCUCAGGAAGAGCAGGACAAGAAAGAAAGAGCAGAGAGAGUUCGACGAAUCAGAGAGGAGAGAGACGUGCAGGAGCGAGAGGGGAGGACGGUCAAAGAGGAGGAGCUAGAAGAGUUCAACAUGGCCAACCCAUUCCAGCCAAUAAACAAUGUUGUUACUGAGAAUGAAGACAGGCUGAAAAGGGAGGAAGACAUGCAGAGAGGAGUUGGUCAGCAGGGCAGUGCACGAGAACAGACAGCCCUCCAAGAUGAGGAGGAAGAGGAAGAAGAGGAGGAUGAAGAGAGUGAGAGACAGACCCCAGAGAGCACAGAAUCAGGAGCCGUGGACCAGGCCAAAAAGAAAACAAGGAAAUUACGACUGAAACGCAAGCACAGAGUUGAUCCUCUUAGGGUGGAUGAAGCAACACCCAAAAGCCCCCCUCCUCCUCCCUUGCCAGUUGGAUGGGCUACUCCUAAAGUUUCUAGGCUCCCCAAACUUGAGCCUCUUGGUGAUACAAGACCUUCUGCAAGUUUCAACCCCAUCCUUCCAGUUAAGUCAUCUGUCAUUGGGACAACAAAUAUCCAACAACUGUCCACCUUGAUAUUGUGCCUAACAAAUGCUACUAACAGUCAUCUUAACGCAUCAAUUCCUGUGCUCUGACUAAUGUUUAUUAUUUGUUUUCCUUGUACUCACGUCUGAACAUUUUGAAUGCUGCAUGUAUUGUUCUGUGUCACUUUGACCUGAGUUUAAUCGUGUAGUUUAUCCAUGUAGUCAAUGGAAAUGAUUUAACCCUUGUUUAUUGUUGCAGCUAUGGAAAAUUGGACAUUGCUGACCUAAAUGUGUCUUUUUUUCGUGACUCUGUUUCAUUGGCAGAUUUCUAUGGCAAACCCCUCCCACCUGUGUCAAUUAGACAGAGGCCAAACAGCGAUACUCAUGAUGUAAUUUCCUAACACCCUUCCCCUGCACUGGCUUGCAAUUCUUAAUGGUCCCAACCAAUCAAAGUCUUGUUUUGUUCUUAUCUUCAAGCACGGGCAUUGUAGCAAACAACGCAGAUGUAAUUGCCCAUAAGCGAGGAACUGAUACCCAGUCAGCAUACCCAGAUGGAUCACUUGACUUGAACAACCAAUGACUGAUGGUCAGCAGAAGCUGUGUUCCCUGGCCAGUGUUUAAGAAAAUGAGAUGGACAACCGCAAGCUCUAUGGAGCAGUGAUUGAUUGGUGGGACACAUGGUCCAUGGACAUUCUUUGUAUAGAAUGUUCAGGUAAUUUUCUUACAUGGAUAGCAUUUCACUAUUUCAGUUUAGACUUUUUUUUCUCUGGUAUUCUUUAGAGCCUUUUUGUCUUUUACAUUUUUACACAUCAGUAUUAACACAUUUAAAACUUAGACUUUCUUUUGUGGAAAAUACAUUCCAAAGCUAUUUUUUAAGAGCAAUUGAAAAAUAUGCAUUGUUUUAAAUUAAGUUGAAAUUGUACAAACAUGUCCUUCAUGGUUUUAUGGUUCACAUGCAUAUCUGUGCCCAAGCUUUAGCUGUUGUGCAUAUAUCUUGUGCAGUUGAUUGUGACACAACUUGCCUUGUAUAUCAGAUGGUCUUGUUUUUCCCCCGCAGCAUCUAUACAGUAGGUCUAUACACUACGCUGUAUGAGAUUCAUACCGUGCGUUCAGACCAGAGAGGCGAGAGCGUCAAAAUUCACUCUGGCUGCCCUGCCAACGCUAUCGAAGAUUCGUGGACGCUCUGACGUAGUUGAAAUAGGCAGCAACGUUCGUUCGGAAUGCUUGGUUUUGUGAACUAUAUUUAAGGGGCCGCAAAUCAUCCAGACAUGUCGACCGGUAUCUUUUUGCCGACCUAUCACAAGUAGCGUAUAUCCUCAUUAAAUCUUUUAAAUGUGAAAGUAAGAAAUCGAUCAAUGGCAGAAAGUAAUUAAAUAUAAAAAGACAAACGCUGAUGGUAUAAAUGUGUUACCGAUUGAUCAGGCAGUACAGUUUUGCAUGCUAUGGCGCCAAAGUUAGCAUGCAAUAUAUGAUAUAUAAUAUUAUAUAAACCAUAAUAUCCACUUCAUCAACUCGCCUGGCACACCAACAAUUUCAGACACCUUUGUCCACGCAUCGUUUUUUAAAAAAAUAUUUAUAUCCAUGUAAGCAAACGGACAGAUCGUAUAUUACGGGAAAACCCGCCAUGGCAAUAAUUAGUUCCUCCUCCAUUUUGUCUUCGGAACUAUUGUUUGGUGGGAACCAAAGUUUACACUGUUGUGUUCUCUAGACUUUGCUAGAGCCGAGCACUUCUCUAUUCCAAUAGGUUGCCGCCAAACCGCGUCAAAGCUCUUUACCAUAAUGUUGCCCGCACUUGAACUUUCCUCUGACGUCCACAACGCCCAAGACGCGCCGCUUCUCGCUGCUGAGAGACGCUGGCUGUCAUAGAAAAUGAAUGACGUCCGGUCGAUUUGACGCUCUCGACGCCUCUGGUCUGAAUGCACGAAUACUCUCAAAUAGCACCAGCAACUAAUCUUCACACUGCACUCUGAGUGAACUUUUGUAUAUGGGUCAUGAUGUGUAAUGUUUUGAAGAUAAUACAAACUCUUUAUUGAGCUGCACAAUUUGAACCAGCAUUUUAAUCUCUCAAAUAGUACAGUACAUUAUUCUUUAUUAGUGACAAAAAAAAAAAAAAUCAUAUUUAGAAAGAGGGUAAUUUCCUACCUUGCAGAUUUACAGAUGCUAUAGAAAUAGUUCUCACAAAAAUGAAAAUUCUCUCAUAAUUUACUCAUCCUCAUGCUAUCUCAGAUGUGUAUGACUUUCUUUCUUCAGCAGAACACAAAGAUUUUUAGAAGAAUAUAUCAGCUCUGUAGAUCCAUACAAUGCAAGUGGAUGGUGAUCAGCACUUUAACACUCCAAAAAACUAAAUUAAUGGUUAAAUUAAUGUCUUCUAAAACGAUAUGAUCACAUUGGGUGAGAAACAGAUAAAUAUUUAAGUCCUUUUCACUAAAAUUAUUUACUUCCGGUUGCUCUCCAAUACAUGUCCAUGAGGGGAAUCAGUUCAUGCUGCCUCUCGCGUGAUGUAAGCGCGUUGGCAUGUUCACACGAGAACUGAUGCAAUACAACCAGAAGUGCAACUUGGUUUAUUUAUGACAGCAUGCUGUUCAUAAGCUUAAUUGGUUUUGCUUUCAUUUGAACAUGCGAAUGUGCUUGCGUCACGCGAGAGGCCGGAGAGUGACCGGAAGUAACAAUUAUAGUGAAAAUGACUUCAAUAUUGAUCUGUUUCUCACCCAAAGAGAUCGUAUCGCUUUAGAACAGUGGUUCUCAACCAGGGGGCCAGGACCCACUAGGGGGCCUCACCACACUUCCAAGCGGGCCUCAAGUUGACUUAAAAUUAAUAAAAAAUAAGAAAUAUUAAAAUAAUUCAACUUAAUUAAAAUGCUAAAAAAAUACUUUAAGAUGUAUGCCAACAAAUUAUAAACAGACUCUUUCUGAAACUUCCACGAUUAAUUAUUUUAAUCAGACACGUCUAGUUUCAGGCGAGGGGGGCCUUCAAAUAUUGUCUUGGACAGUGGGGGGAGCCUUGGAGUCAAAAAGGUUGAGAACCACUGCUUUAGAAGACAUUAAUUUAACCACUGGAGUCUUAUGGAUUAAUUUUACUAUGACUAUCUGUGCUUUUUGGAGCUUUAAGUUGCUGAUCACCAUUCACUUGAAUUUUAUGGACCUACAGAGCUGAGAUAUUCUUCUAAAAAUUGCUUUUUGUGUUCUGUUGAAGAAAGAAAGUCAUACACAUGGGAUGGCAUGAGGGUGAGUAAAUAAUGAGAAUUUUCAUUUUUGGGUGAACUGUUCCUUUUAAGAGAUUCCAAUUGUCUCUAAUGCACAACUUCUCUCUAUAUUUGAAUGUAUAAUGACAUCACAAACUUUACACACUGUUUUCAUAUUUAUUUGAUGUUCCAAGCUAAUGCUAUUUUUAUACUUCACAUUUGUUUACACGUAUGAUCAGUUUACAUGUUUCUUUUUCUAUUUAACACCUACAUACUUAUUUGGCAACAGUUAUAUUCAGUCGAUAACUCCUGAAGUUCUGUGCAUCAUCCAAUUUGCUCUGCUUUAAGUACAUGCGCCUUUUGUACCCAGUUUACAUUUAACAUGAAUGUCAAAUUAAAAAAAAUAUUUUUACUCUUA